AUGUGGUCACUGCUGCCAAGAUCAUCUUUGUAUGAUUUCCAGUCUCUGGAUUUAGUGGCGACGUUGGUUUCAGACUCGAUAUCGUCGAAAUUAGUCAGUUUUGAUAAGUACGGAAUUUUGACCCCUGAACAGCUGUCGAUUGUGUUUAGCGCUAUUUUGCGCAUGCUUGAAGUACCGGUAUCGUAUGUUGGCUCGCCGUACGUUCAGUCAAAUGAGACUGUAAGCGUUAAAUCCGAUAGAGACAAAAAGAACAGAUGCGCGAGGCCAAUUGCGAAUCUCAUCGUAUAUUCGCUAUCGGCAGAAAGUGGUUUAGAGCCAGACGGUAUUUUAGAUAAGUUGGAAAGUUUGAUGCACGCGGUAGAGACGUUUGUGCACCCAUCUAACCAGGGAGCAUGGACGCGAAAUAUAAUGCAGACUAUUGCAGCCAUGGUAGAGAUAUUUUUACUGAGAUGGAAUGUGCAGUCGUCAGACACAGUGGAUUGUGAAGGCAACCCCUACAAGGAGUCAGUGAUUCCUGCCGAGCGUCAUUUGACUGAUAAAGUCAAGGACAGAUUUGUCAGGAUUUUAAGAAAUGCCACAUUUCUGGGAAUCCAUGCCAAGAGUACCACUGUUGUAGCCAGUUCAUUAGAAGCUUUACAGGGUCUUGCAUAUCUAUCUCCAGAUUUGAUUAUCCCUAGACUGCUCGGUGAGGUGUAUCCGUCAUUGCAAGGAUUGGUUGAGACGCAUCGAACAAUGUCCUCGCUUAAGGCAUUGACCGUAUUGGCAAGAAAAAUCUCCCAAGUGCCAAAAUAUGCUUUACACAUUACAACACUGCUGGGUCUAGCUGUCCCUGGCAUAGACGCUAAUGAUUUAUCCAAGACAUUGCAUUCGCUGUCAUUUAUUCAGGCAGUAGCUUUGAACGUGCCAUUCUACGAUAUUAGCGAGAAUAUGGGAUCUGGAUUGGCCAUGGAAACUAUCGCAGGAUCAAUCUCUUAUCUGGAAGAACAUGGUAAGCUACCUGAAAUACCUGAAGAGAUGAUUCCGCAAGUGCUUAAAUCUUCAACUGCAUCCUUUGACGAGUUUGUAAUCAUGGUAUUCGAUAGAAUCUUUGCAAUGCUAGAAAACUUGCCAGAUAAUUCUGGGACCGGAUCAGGUUCUGCUAAAGCGGCCCGUGAUUCACCAGAGGCUCAGGUGUCCAAUGCAUUACCACCUGCAGUUACUGCUAUAUUAGGAGCAGUUUCUCCAAAUCUGUUCAAGCGGAUUGUCAAUCACGUAGUCGACUUUGUAGAGCAUAAUGUGAUUCACCAUGCUGCCGACCCAGUUGCGCAUAUUUGCGGUUGCUUAAUCAAGGUGAAUCCAGAGGUAGCAUUUCCUAAAAUGUUCAAUAUGCUGUACUAUAAGAUCAAGGAGGAGAUUGAAGAGAACGGAGCUGGAUCUACUCGAAGUGGCUCGGAGAUUCUUCCUCGUGAUAGAGCUUUAAUCUGGUAUCUGUCAGCGCUGAAUAUGGUGCUGGCACAUGCAUUUGCUGAGGCGUUUGUAUUUAAAGAUCAGAUCAUGGAACUGACCUUGUAUCUGCGUGAGCAUUGCAAAGGAGCUAUUGUAUUCCAUGUUUCCAAUGCCAUCCAUCAUACUUUAAUGACUUUGACUACGACGACAUCAAACGACUACAGCUUGGUUCCUGAAGGAGAUCCGGUGGGUCUUGGAGAUUGGGGUGCUAAAGCGGAUACCAAAAAUCUAAAAUUGAAAUGGCAUGUACCGUCGAGAAAUGAGAUUGAGUUUGCGGUUGACCUCUAUUCGAAGCAUUGUCAGGUAUCAACAGAUGCUCUUAAACUUGUGGUGAAUCAGCAGGGUGCAGAGAAGAAAUAUUCGCCAACUGAAUUAUCUGACCUGAUAGCAAAUAACAUUACGUAUAUUCGUACUGCCACUUCAGGUGUUGCUUUGCUCUUUGACCCAAAGUAUGGCGAAAAGUCUGGAUUGAAUGAGAAUGUUGGCGACUCUGAAUAUGAAGAAAGCGUUUCACAAGAAAUGGAUUCUGAUUCUGAUGCGUCUAGCUUCGACGAGGAAGAUGAGCUAAUGAACAACAAUUUGAUUGCAGUGGAUGACGAUCUUGAUUUUGAGGGAGAAAUUGUGGACCUCAAAAAGUUCCGUGAGUAUCCAGUAAACUAUUUCUUUGAUAAGCAUACCAAGGCUGAUGAUCCUUUAUAUCGUCGUAUCCAUGAACUACGACUUGACCUUGGAAAGUUCUUGCACGAAAUACAUACCUACUUAAGCAAGAAUAGAGAGAAUGAUAUUGCAUCUUUCAAAGCAUUGCUCUUUGCUACAAAAGUAUGGUUUUCUGAUGUUGGAAUGGAACGGUCUGCUAAGACCCUUGACUCGCUACUGGCACUUUACAGCUAUGAAACAAAGCAUUUCCGUAUUCCAGGAUUAAGAAAGGACUACCCUCGCCCUCUCUUGAGUAGACGAGCAUACUUGUACCACUACGAAAGACUUGCUCACAAUGUUGGGCUCAGAAAGAUGUCCGAUCUUGAUAAGACGCUUUUGUUUGACAGUGUUAGAUCUAGUAUGUCGAUUUAUUCCGAUGUUCGUAGAAAUGGACAGUCGUCUUUAGAAUCAGCAGUUAAAAUUUUGAUAGGAUCACGCUCACAAGUAUACCCAUUUGUUCUUCGUGAGUUGAAUACUGCGUUGAAAUGCCAGGAGUAUACUAAGGCAGAGAGUGCAGUGAGACUUCUCAAUCUACGAGUUAUGCAAUCGUCGAUUAAGAAGGACUUUAAGCAUAUGGUUCCUUUUAUUGAGUAUAUCAAGCUGGCCAUGCAAGCGGAUUACCCCAAUCUCAAUGCAGUUGCUACCUCACUGUACAAUUACUUUGCCACUAAUAUCAGACUGCCAUUGGAUGUUAUUAGCAUAGAUAUGUCGUCUGUAGAUGUUCUCAAACCUGCUGAGCCAGAAACAGUCAUUAAUGGCGAGUACAGAUCUGUCGCGGAAAGGAUCGAGCAGCUCAAAGCCAAAAAGAAAGACAAGCGUGCAAAGGCCGAAAAGGAAAUGAAUCAUUUAAUCGACUAUCUUGCCGGGGGCAAAGAAAGUAAAGACCAACAUUGGAAGCUCACUGCUGUCAAUGGUGGAUUAUUCACUGCUAUUUGCUCGUCUCCACAGAUGCCAAUUGAUGCGAGAGUACUUAUUCAACUUGGAAAUGGCGCAAUGAGCCCUCAUCCUGGAAUUAAAGCUAUUUGUAUGCACGGAUUGUUUAUGAUUUCCAGUAAAUUAUUCAACCUGGCAAGCAGUGGUUAUGACUAUAAUCGAUUCCUACUGAAUUGUGAUGAAGACAACAUUCUGUCUGAUAACGGUAUGAUUGUAGAUAGCUCAGUGCCUGAUUUCCAAGCUAAAUUCGUUGCGGAGCUAGAAAAUUUUGAGAACCCAACUUACUUUUUGGAUAAGGGCAAUGCUAACUAUGGCUGGCUUGUGUGGCCUAAGAAGUUUGAAGCUGAUAAAGCUGCGUAUAAAGACACUCUCAAGUUUAGUGAAGAAGACGAGAAAGCUAUUCGGGAGUUUGCCUUGAUCAUGACACCCGAAUGGAUCGCUGCGGUCAUUGCAAGGCAUUUAGAAGAACCUCGAGUCGAAGAUGAUUAUUUCGAUGUCACGAAUGCUAUUUUUUUCAAGAUUGUGCUUCGUAUGAUUGGCUUAGGCUAUACUCCAAUCAGCAUAGAUCACUUUUUAGUUAUGAUUGCUCAUGCUUACAACCCCGAAGAUAAAAAUUCUCACCGAUGUGUGGCAGAGAUGUGCUCUGCUCUCAUUGACUCGCUGAAGUUUACCGAGGGAGAAGAAGUCAUCAACAAAAAAGUAACUUUGCUAGUGGGAAUAUUCUCUGAUGUUCUUCAAAACAGUAUUGCUCAUGACAACAUUGAAUAUUGGAGAUCGUUUGUUUGGUGGACAUCAAUUUAUAUCGACUAUCGUCGUGCUUGGCAGGUUGAGAAGCUCCUAAACGAGAUUCGCGUCAGAACAGAUGCAUAUAGUACCAGCGUCAGAGAGAGCUCUCGGCUAAGCCUAUUGAGGAAGUCGAUUAGUACAAUUGGAUGGUACUACCAGCACAAUGUAGACGAGAUUAUCGAUAACUUGUGGGAUAAUAUCACACAUCCUCUGCAGGGAGUACGAGAUGAGGUGGCCAAGACUUUGGGUGGAAUCUAUGUUACGAGAUAUCAUGAGUCAUUUGAAACAGUGAGCCAGUUUUUGAAGGCUAACUACGAUAGUGGCUCAGUAGGAUUGCUAUGCUACGAGAUGCCAGAUGACUUAUCCAGUCGAAUUGUUAAGGCAUUUAACAAGCUUGAGACACUCCGUUUGGAACGUGAAGCUUUGAGCAGUAGAGGAACAUCUCAGUAUGUUGUGGUUGCCAAAACGCUCUCGUUGUUUUUGGAAAGUUUAUUCCGUAAAUCAUAUGCCGUGUCAUUAAUCCCCCUGUUUCCUAAGACCAUCAUCCCUGCGUUAUUAAAUUUCCUUAAUGUCAGAGAUGAAGAGGAGGUAAUGCUCUCGGCAGUGUCGUUGUUCAAACUGCUUGGCAACAUCCCUUGUCCUGUGCAGUACAUUCAACUGAUGGUGGAUAUGAUAGUGGAUAUUGGUACUAAAGCCACAACUUGGCAUCAAAGAAUCAGUAUUCUUUCAUAUUUGCAAGCCUUCUUCUUCAGACAUUUAUUCAAGAUGAACGAACAUCAGAGAUCGUUCUUGAUCAACUCUGUGACAGAUAUGCUGGUUGACGUGCAAUUAGAAGUCCGUGAGCUGGCUGCUGAGACCCUUUCUGGCCUGCUUCGCUGCUCUCCAAUUGCCGAGCAGGACAGGCUUAUAGCCAGUCUUCAACAGCACUGUACUAUCCUGUUAAACGAAACCAAAUCAUGGAAGAAUUUACGUCGUACACCCACCGCAAGUCUUGCAGUCACGCCCAUACCCAGUCGCCCUGGAACACCAGUCUCCAGAACUGGCGUUCCUUUAAAUGAGUACCAAACCGCUAUGGUCAAGCGCCAUUCUGCAGUACUGGGUCUAGGAGCCCUAGUCAAGGCAUUCCCGUACCAGAGUCCACCACCAAAAUGGAUCCCAGAAGUGAUGCAAGUGCUGGCAGUCAAGGCCGCAAAUGACCCUGGCAUGGUUGGCAAGAGUGUCAAGCUCAUCCUCGGCGAUUUCAAGAAAACGCGUCAAGAUACCUGGCACAUCGACUCCAAGGUCUUCACGAGCGAGCAACUCGAAGACCUCGAAGGUGUGCUGUGGCGCAACUACUUCAUCUAG